AUGAGCUCCAACUCUUCUACAGCGGGCUCGCACCCUUACUCCUCAGAUAUGGAGGAGUCAGCGUUUUUAAAGCGCAACCGUCUGAUCCACUGUGUCUGCCUCGGUCUUUCUGUCGUGAUUUCUGCCGCUGCUAUUGCUAUCAUUGCUUGCGAGGCCGUGCCUCUGCGUCAUUACAAAGACACCGCAAAGUGGGCCACUGACGAUCUUACACUGUGGCCAUUGAACUUUGACCUGCGCCCGACUAUCGCGGCACUUUCAUGUGGCUGCGUGAUCGCAGCCUUGAACUUGGUAUAUGUGAUCACUGCUAUCCUCCCAUCUCCUCAUUCACGUAUCAAACUCCUGAACUCAUACUCUUCGCUGUCGGCCAUCACUGGAUUUAUCACUGCCCUGGUCGGCAUUCUCUUCAUCAUCUACCGUCCCUCCUCAAGUUACCCGUCUGGAUUUACCGUAAACGAGACAUUGGAAAGCUGGACCUGCAAAUGGAAGAAUGGUUCCACCGAUGAAACAACACCAGUUCAUUUUUCGCGAGACUGCAUUGAUACUCGCGCGGGAUUUGCUCUUCUCUGCGCUACUUUGGGAUUGGAAAUUUUCAUGGGUGUUGCCGCUGGUUUCGGGUCUGUGUCUCAACGCGGUGUUUCCCGCCGAAGAGAGGAGCAAUUCCAAUUGGAAAAAUUGGAAAUUGCCACGAAGCAGGUAUACCGAGGUUAG